CGACGGUCAAGAUCAUUACGCACAAUGUCAACCCCACCAUCCGACCCCCCAGCCCUCCCACCCCGCAAAGACUCCAUCCCCUCCACCGUCGCCCCAUCCCUCACCUCCCACGACCCGCUAACUGACCUCGCCGCCGACUUUUCCGCCGACCUCGACCUCAACGAUGACUCCCAAAGCACAUCCUCCAUCUCAUCCUUCGCAGAGAGCGGCGUGAGGAAUAUGCAGGUACAGACGUCGCUGGGUGUUUCGCAACAGCAGCAGCAGCAGCAACCGCCGGUGUCACCCCGAUCGACAUCGCUCUCCCCAACGGCGCUGACGCAGUCGCGGUUACUGAGGCUGGCGGAAGCGCAGGUGGAUAUUGGGAUGGGGAAGGUUGCGGAGCAUUUGAGGGCUGAGAUUGUGGCGGCUGUGGAUGAUUUGACGGUGUUGCAGCAGAUGACGGCGGCGGCGAGGGAUGUGUACAUUGAUUAUAGUGCAACGGCGCAGGAAUUGGUGGCGGGAAUGGGGAAUGUACAGCGGACAUAUGCCGAAAUGGAAACAUAUCUCAACCAGAUCUUCGACCUGGAGCGGCAGGUGUCGAGCAUGGAGGCCGUGGUUAAUGAGUUGGACGACUACACGAAGCGGAUAGAAACGAGCGUCAAGAGGGGGCGGUGAUGAGGUUUCUGGUAUCGGGUUUGAUGCCGCGGACGACGCACAAACAAGAAGUCUCUACCAACUUCGAAGGCCAAGCGCUGAGUGCGGCUACUCUUCAAGCGACAUCAUGGUUAGCAGCUGGACUUUCCGCUUUAUGAAGUGUACCGCGGCCUUCUUGGGGAUACGGAACAGCUUAGCAGCAUGCCCUUAUCACAGAAGAGAUUCGGCUCUCACUGGGGGCCACCGUGAUCUGAUAUUUUGGACUGCUUCAAGUCCGAGUCCCCUGAUGAUCCCCCUUCCCCGCUGAACGGCAUCACCGCGAUGUAUAUUAUUGUACAUAGCAAAGUCGACGCAUAAAUUUUGGAAGAAAUA